UGAUAAGUACGUUGCUUUUUGCGUUUGAAACGACUUUUGAGGUCAUAUAAUGUCAAGUUUGCUAAAAGAUUGCAUUAAAUACUUCCACACGAAGAACUUAUAUGAAGUCUUAGGAGUGACUAAGAAGUGUGACAAAACUGAACUUCGUAAAGCUUUCUAUAAAUUGUCUUUACUUCAUCAUCCUGAUCGCCAUGACAGUGACUCAAAGUCAGAGGCGACAAAACGUUUCCAAGUACUGUCUAGAGUCUAUUCGUACAUGGAAGAUGACGAGAAACGUAAAGUCUAUGAUGAGACAGGUGUUAUCGAUGAAGACGAUGAGAUCACAGGCAAAUCAUAUGAUGAUUGGGUUAAAUACUGGCAACUUUUGUUUCCUAAAAUCACAACUGCACAAAUAGAUGACUAUUGUAAAAAGUAUAAAGGAAGUGAACAGGAAACGGAAGAUUUGAUCAAGAUCUACAAUCGUUCUAAAGGUGAUAUGGAUAUUAUAAUGGAGUCUUUAAUGCUCACGUCAUAUCGAGAUGAAAGUCGAGUUCGCGGUCUUAUUGAUAAAUUGAUAUCUAGUGGUAAAAUUGAUGCAUAUACGAAGUACACACAUGAAAGACCUGAGAAAGCAAAGAGAAGAGCUAAACGAGCACUAGAGGAAGAAAAGUUGUUUGCAAAGGAACAGAACAAUAAAAACAAAAAACAGAUAGUUGAUGUUAACGAAGAUUUGGAUACAUUAGCUAAGGCAAUUCAAGCACGACAUGAAAAUGCAUUAAAAUCAUCAGAAAACUUUCUGGAUAAGAUUGCACAGAAAUAUAGUUCAAAGCAACAGUCGCCAGCUAGGAAAAAGCCUACUAAGGUUUCAAAAACUUCGAAGAAAAAAAAAUAAUUACCAGCUUGAUCUAAGAAAAAUGUAUUUUUUUUAUUCGAAAUAUUGAAAAAUAACAUACAUAGAAAAUACAAUUUCACGACUGUUUCUGACUUUCUACUUUCUGUGGAAUGAGACAAAAAACAAAACGGGUGACAAAAGGUUAUAGUAUUUUAGUGUAUAAUAAGAUAAAUAUCUUUUGAAAGACAUUUCCACAAAAAGUUUAUUAUCAAUUUGUUGUUAGAACGAGAACAUUGUCAUUACAACUUUGGACUAUUCGGUUACUUCGCAUAUCAUACGAUACAGCCCUAAUUCGUUAUAGGUAUGUUGUCAACUUGGUUCUUCCAAAUGAAGGGAAAAAGAAUGUGAUCACUAUUGGGCAUCACAUUUUCGUUGGGAAAUUGCUUGAGGAUUGGAAAUAAAAACAUAGUAAACGAAAAAUUGGAAUACUAUAUCAUCAUGCUCACAACAAAAAAUGUCUGCGCCAUAUCGUGAACUAACGUGUACACCGCUGGCUGCUGGGAUUAGUAGUCUAGAGGUUCGGCGUUCGCGCGUCGUAAGUUAUGGGCGACUAAAAAAUUUGUCAUGCUGAACACUAAGAAAUGCAGUAUGUUGCAUGGAACGAUAUUAAAUAGGGAGCAGUUCGAAACAAAGAUCCAUGAAACAGUUGUCUUAUAGUAUGAUGGAGUUCCUAAGCAG